UUAAAAAGCAUUGCAUAUCACAUCUAGUUCAUAUCUUAUCUGUGACUAACAUUGUUUUCGAUCUUUUAGAUUCUUGAAUCGGUGUAGUUAUUAUUUCAAUAAAAAAGAAAUGGGAUUUCAAAAUAUUUGGUAUUCGCAUCCGCGAAAAUAUGGACAAGGAUCUAGGUCUUGUCGUGCUUGCGCAAAUAGACAUGGAUUAAUUCGCAAAUAUGGUUUAAAUAUUUGUCGACAAUGCUUUAGAGAAUAUGCUGCUGAUAUUGGUUUUAAAAAGUUGGAUUAAUAUUGCAACAAUUCCUAAAUUCAUU